AUGGCCAAGAGAAACCCUCCACAAAGGCGACGCUGGCGCUUCACAGACUUUAUCUACACCCCGACCAUCAUCCCUGUAGCCAUACUCUUCCUCUUCCUCAUUUACCGCUAUAAAUUCAUACGUCAAGAAUUUUCAGGUAUCGUCUCUCAUGUGUUUCACACUACGGAGAGGAGUUUCGCGUGGGACUACAUUCGGAUGGAGAGGAACUUGAAGGUCUACAUCUACCGGGACAUAGACCUCGGCGGCUACUUUGAGCCGCCGACGGAGCUGACGGGGAUGUACGGGAGCGAGGCCUACUUCUUCAAGAAUAUCAAGGAGAGUAUCUUCCGCACCAUUAAUCCUCUUCAGGCUCAACUCUACUUUAUUCCCAUUUCUUGGCAUCAAAUGCGCAGCCUGGGAACUUCUUAUGAGAAAAUGACCACUAUUGUUGAGAAUUAUGUCCAGAGCUUAAUCUCAAAGUACCCCUACUGGAACCAAUCUGAUGGAACAGAUCACUUUUUUGUGAUAUGUCAUGACAAUGGUGUUGAGGUUGCCGAUGGAGUUCCAUUUCUUAAGUACUCAAUUCGACUUUUGUGUCCAUCUACCUAUGAUACUCAUUCUCUUCUAUACAAUGAUAUUGCCCUCCCUCCAGUAAAUCAAUCAUUUUCUCAUCCACCUGGUGGAAUUGACCUCUUUCAUCUUAAUAGGACAAGGUGGGAUCCCUGGGUACUCAUGCCCAAUUCUGAAGUAAGACAUCGUCUGGAACAUCAGUGGAGGGAUGAUACUGAACUUGACUCUAAACGUGUGUGGAAUGAUACUGCUGAAGGAUAUCUGCUACUUCAUGACAAAGUUUAUAGGACAAAAUUUUGCAUAUGCACUCAUGGAUUCCCAGUCAAUACUGCCCUUGUAGCAGACUCCAUCCGUUAUGGGUGUAUUCCUGUUAUCUUCACAAACUACUUGGAUUUCCCAUUCAGUGUUAUUAUUGACUGGACUAGAUUUUCAAUAGUAGUGAACGAGGUUGAUGUGAGUCGGUUGAAGAAUAUUCUUAAUGGCAUAGGAGAAGCACAAUUCUCCAUAAUGCAAGACAACUUGCGCAAGGUCCAGAAGAACUUCCAAUGGAACUCACCUCCCCUCAGAUACGAUGCAUUCCACAUGGUCAUGUACGAUCUCUGGCUGCAUGGCGACUUCUGA